UCGUCGUCGUCAAACAAAGGUAAAGUUCCAUUAGAAAUCAAAAUGGCAAUCUUAAACCUUGUUAACAACGUUUUCAGUAUUGGUAACUUUGGAGCUACCAUCACUAGGAAUAGGUUUGUUUCAGCAGCUGUCAGGCCAAGACUUAUUCAAGCAAGUUCGAAGCAGGAAGCUCAGGCAGCAUGUGACAAGGCAAAGGAGGCUGUCAAACAAGGAGCUAAUGAAGCAAAGAAGACUGGUGAAAACAUAAAGGAUAAGGCUUCUUCGACAGCAAACCAAGUGGGACAGAAGACAAAGGAAAUGGCUGGCAAGGCAACGGAUGCAGCGCAAGAAAUGACUGCGAAAGCAAAGCAGACUGCGCAAAACGCUUGGGAUUCAGCCAAGGAGACAGCUCAAAAGGCCAAAGACACUGUGCUAGGAAAGGCCGAGGAAACAAAGGAAGCUAUUAAAGAAAAUGCAGAAAAAAUUAAGCAAAGCAUCAACACCAAAAACUGAUACAUUCCAAAGGUCAAACCACAAGAAAUUAAUUCCCCAUUAGGCUAACAAGCCAAUAAAUUGGUGCACCUUAUUCGUUCUUUGGAGCCCUUUUUCCUUUGCUUCUCUGUUUUGGCUCUUUUCAUUGGCAGUUGUGAAGUAUUAUGUAUAAAUUAUCCUGUUAAUAAAGUUUUUGGGAUUUUGUAAAAGUAUAUA